ACGCUGCAAAUCCCGCAACCAUCGUCCGUACAACGAGUUGCGACCAAUACCGGUCCCCUUGCGCCGAAGGGAAGCGAUUGUCAUGGACAUUACCGUGUUGUUCCCCAAGCACAAGAUCGGAGUGGAUGGGAUUCUCGCGGUGGUCGACCGACUCACCAAGUUCGCCAUGUUUUUGCCUUGCCGCUAUCAUGCCAAGGCACCGGAGUCGGUCGAGGUUCUUUACGCCGAUUGGAUUCGAACCAAGGGUUACCCCAAGGAAAUCGUUUGCGACCGCGACACUCGGUUCAUGUUCGAUUUUUGGUUGGCGCUCAUCAAACGAUGGGGCUCAUUUCUCAAGCCAAGUUCGGUUCGCCACCCCCAAAUCGAUGGCCAAACAGAGAGGGCGCAUCACACCGCACAGGUUCUCCUUCGUACUCUCAUCCGUCCCGACCAAAAGCAUUGGGUUGAGCGGCUGCCGGAUGUCGAGCUGGACUACAACUCGUCCAUCCACCCGGCUAUCGGGAUGUCACCCUUCGAGUUCGAGCACGGCUCGCCGGUCACUUCUUCGUUGGACACAAUCAUUCCACGAACGGCCGGGAGCGGCGACCAUCUUCUUUUCUUGAGUCGAAUGCAAAAGCUACUUCUCAAGGCACACGACCAGAUGGCUAAGACGCAGCAACGCAUGAGCCAACAGGCCAAUCGCCAGCAUCUUCUUUGCCCAUUCCGCGCCGGCGAUCUCGUCUCGGUUUCCGCCGCAGAAUUCAACCUUGAACAAGAUAUCUCUCGCAAGCUCCUCCCGAAAUGGAUGGGGCCCUGGCCGGUCGUGGCACCUGCUGGGGAUGCACCCGGAGGACCUUCUUUCACCAUUCAGGUGCCCGCCCGCUUGCCCGUCUAUCCGCUCUUUCAUUGCUCCAAGUUGGCUCUUUACACGCCAGCAGAACAUGACGAUUUUCUCGCGCGACGAUCGCAAGACCCAUCAUCUAUGGACAGUUUUCAAGAGGUCGGCGACAUCAUCUCCCAGCGACGCUACAGCAACAGGCCAACCGAGUACUUGGUACACUUUGCGCACUGCACUCACAAAGUUGACCAUUGGUUGACACAUGCGGAACUCCAAGCAACAACUCCAAAUGUUCUCGCAUGCUACGAACGCAAGAUGCAAGGCAAGCCGGUAUCUUCAGCUCCACGUGGUGAAAUAAGGACAUGUGGCCAAGUGGAGAACAGACGGCAGCAAAUGCUAGCCCGUCUUCGCCAGUUGCGGACUGAGUUGCAUGGCGCCAGUCCAGAUGCUGAACAGCACGUACGCAGCCAGUUCGAUCUGCGUGCUGCAGAAUCCGAACUAGAGCAGGCUGAAACGGCUGUUCAUAUGCUGGAAGUGAGCAGUCGAGUGCAGCAAAUUAUUGAUCGGGGCCGAAUAACCCUUGACCAAUACGUUGCAGAGCAGCUGGCUAAGAUUGCUGGUGACAUGCCCAAAGAAGAAGAACGAGGAGAGAGAAGCGAAAAGAAAGAAGAGCCAGAACUGUCUGAGAAGAUAAUGGAGGGAAAUAUCAAACGAUUGGAAGAUGCAUUGAAUGCAGAGAGGAAAAAGAUGGAAGACUACCAAAGGAAGAAAAAGGAGAAAGAACAGCAUGAAAGGAAAGUAGGUGAAAUCAGACAGCGUUUUCACUUUGACGGAACAGAAACUGAUCCUGCAUCUGUAUUGAAUACCAUGAUGGCUUAUCUCGCCCACCUUGAAAUGAAGAUUGACAACAACACCGUCGAGCUGCAAACAAUGACACGGCUUGUGAAGAUAAAGAAAAAGGUGGUGAUUGAGGAGGGGGGCAAGGGGAAAGAAGAGAAAGAAUCCCAAGAAAAAUUAAUGAAGGAUGCAAUGAAAAUAAAGCAAGUGACAUCGGAGACACCCGAGACUUCCAAGAAACAAUCCGAAGAACCGGCGAAGGAACCCACUAAGACGGAACUGGCCAAAGAAGCGGAGAAACCAAAAAAGAAAGAAAAGGUAAAGAUGAAAUUGUCAUUCACAUACAACAACAAGAAAGGAGAGAACUUGUUGUUAUAGAUAGUUGAGAUCCAGACUUAUUGUAGCACCACUUCGGUCGAACCUGAGAGUCAGGUAGCCUUCUCCACAUCAUGCUUGGGAGAAGUGGCCAAGGGGUGGGUCCUCUCAUAGGCCAACGCCGCAGGAUUUUAGGACAUUGGGUUAUCUGUAUUCAGUUUCGAUGCAUUUGGACCGCCAACAAAAAAGUUGGCAAAAACACCGAAUUCGAAAAACAAAUUGGCGAACACCGA